AUGGAUGAGUUAGUCUACCAAAAACUCCAAGAAAACGAAAGUAAAGCGUAAAUAGGGAGAAUGAAGCUAUAUGGACCUCAUCUAGCUGGCUUGAUUAACGCCUCCAUCAAUUUAUGUGUCUACCCUUUCCUUCAGAUUUCUACUCAAUUGCAAUUAUCUCCUAUUCCAUCAAGCCACAAUUAUAUUGGGAAGUCUUACGCAGAAAAAGUCUCCUCCUUUAUUUGGAACCCUCAUCCAGCUAACAGACCUUACAAAGCACCAUUAUUUAAAAAUGCAAAUUCAGCAAUCAUCUGGAAUUCCUUGCAAGGCUACCUAGGAUUUUACCGAGGCUUUUUUAUGGGGAUUUCUCAUUUUUACUUUGGCAUACUUGCAAGAACUGCUGGCACAUAUCUCACUUUUGCUUGCUUUGGAGAAAACUACAUCAAGUCUUCACAAGAAAGAAUCAUUACAGGUAAGCCUUAUUUAGUAUAGAAACUUUAUUAAGUUCGAUGUGUGAAGCCAUAAUUCAGCCUAUUUUUGUUGCCCAAACACGAUUUAUCCAGCAAAACCGGCGAGCCAAUUUCAGGACUUACGAUGAUUUUUUCCAUAUGUGGAAGAUCUCAGGCUUCAGAAGCAUGUACCAAGGCUGGGGAGCAAUUUUGCCAAAGCAAGCAAUUAUAAAUGUAUGAGUAAACCAUGCACCUAUGAUUGAUGACAUGACUGAUGAAAUUUUAGGCCUAAAGCGGAACAACAAAUAUAAUGUCUUUAGCAAAGAAAUUUUACUUGGGCUUGCCCCGUAUUUUAUAGCCUACCCAUUUUUGACAGCUCAGAGAAGAGUAGCGUGCCAGGAAUCACACAUAGGCAUGCCAGAAAGGAAAUACAAAGGAGUGCUUCACUGCAUGUGGAAAGUGGCUACACAAGAAGGAAUUGAUGUGCUGUUUAGAGGAAGCUUGUUUUAUAGCAUUGCCAUUGCUGCCUGGGUCUUUGCAAUGCCUACCCUGACUCAAACAGUUUGGCAGAAAUAUGAAGACUCUGCUAAAGAAGAUAUUUCUAGGCUCCUUCGUUUAGACUAA